UUAUGUUAUUUUUUUCUCAUUGACAAAAUGCUUGGAAUGUUUAGAAUGAUUGUCUGAUGUCUAGGAGAUUGUGAUAUAAAUAGAUUGAUGUUGAUGAUGUUCAUGGCCAUUAUUGAUAUAAAUAUCAUUCGAAGUGUAUGAUGAUGAUCGCAUUUUUUAGCUUUGCCUCCAGUUGAAUGUAGUUCGUUCUAUAUAUACAUAUAAAAUGAUCAACAAUUGGAUUGUACCCAAAAUUGUAGCUUAAUUGUCAUUGAAUAUUUUGUCAAAAUCAUUGCAUUGUAAUAAGAUGCGAAUUUUAACCAAAGGAUUCGGCUAAUGAUAAGGAUGUCGCCCGUGGUGACGGGAUUGUGAUUUUUUCAACGAUUGGAAAUGGCCAUACAAAUUACGGUCGAAGAUCAUUUCAUCCCAUAUCUAGUGCUCAUUUUUAACGUGUUUAUAGCACAUUUAGCUCGAUCAAUUUCAAUUCGCAUUUUACCUAUUAACAUUCAUAUUAUUAUAAAUGAAUUAAUUUCAACUAUAGAAUUAUGUGCCUGCUGUGCUGAACUUGGACCAGUUUGGGAAUUACAUGGUAAUCAUGGUAUAGCUAUAGCAUUAUUUCUUUUAUGUGUUUGGUGGUGUCAAGCAUGGGGAGAUGCAGAAGCCUGUCCUUGUGGUCCGGUAGAAGAAAUGUUCAUAAUGGGAAGAUCGAUUAAUUCGCCAGACUUGAUAAAAAAAUUAACGGGACAAUUAUUAGGCGCAUGGCUCACUUGGAAAUAUACUUCUUGGAUCUGGUGUUGGCAUUUAACCGAACAACAUCAUCAUCUACAUGAGGCCCCAUGUGAAGCAUCGUUAUAUGUUUCACCUCUAUAUGGUGCUUUGAUCGAAGGUCUAAUCACAUUUAUUAGCCGUAUCGUUGCGCUUGAAUCGGAAAAAUGGAAUCACAUCAUUUCAACUGUGGCUAAUUCAAUGACAAGUGUAUUACUCGUUUUAUUCGCACUCAAUACAACUGGUGGUUUUUUCAAUCCAAUAUUGGCUUCAGCUUUGAUGAUCGGCUGUAAAGGCAAUACAUAUUGGGAACAUUUUCAAGUUUAUUGGUUCGGAGCUAUGGUCGGCAGUUUGUUGGCUCGAUGGAUACAUAAUAAUUUAUUGGAUUCAACCACAAUCAAUAAAAACAACAAAUAUGAUUAAACUAAUGCAAAAUCAAAUUUCUAAUCAUAUUGAACACGUGUUGAAUAAAGUACAGAUCGACGAAAA